AUGAAAUUCCGCCCCCGCCUCUCCCUCCCUCCCCUCCCCCAUCGCCAUCACCACAAUCCCCUACGCACCUACACAUCCCAACCACCACCACACCCACCCUCCAAACCACCAAAUCCCCCAUCCCAACCCCACCUCCGACACAACCGCCUCAUCCUCGCCCUAACCGGCGCCACCGGCUCCAUCUACGGCAUCCGCACGCUCCAAACCCUACACGACCUCAACAUCGAAACGCACCUAAUCCUCUCCAAAUGGGCCCUCCCGACCCUCCGCUACGAAUGUCCCCAAUACACCCUGCCCUACCUAACCUCCCUAGCAACACACACCCACUCACCGCGCGACCUCGCCGCCCCCAUCAGCAGCGGAAGCUACCCAGUAGACGGAAUGAUCAUCGCACCGUGCAGCAUGAAGACCCUCGCGGCGAUACGUAUGGGCUACGGCGAGGAUUUGAUAUCCAGGUCUGCGGACGUGUGCAUUAAAGAGGGAAGGAGAUUGGUGCUCAUGGUGAGGGAGACGCCGUUGAGUGUGAUUCAUUUGGAGAAUAUGCUCGCGUUGGCGAGGUUGGGGGUGGUGAUUUUCCCGCCCGUGCCGGGGUUUUAUACGAGGCCGGGGGGGAUUGGGGAGGUGGUGGGGCAUAGUGUUGGGAGGAUGUUGGAUGUGAUGGGGGUGGAUGUUGAUGUUGAUGUUAAUGGUCAGGGGGUUAAUGGUGAAGGGGAUGGAGAUGGGGUUAUGCCGAGGGAGGGGAGAUGGGUGGGGUGGAGGAAGUGA